AUGGGGUAUGGAAAGUAUUCCAAAAAGGGACAGCCAUUCGCGCUGGUGAACCCGAGCUUCUACCCCCAAGUCUUGCUGCCGCCUGAGCAGAUCGGGUGGCUGGUCAGCCAACCGGAACAUAUAUUGUCGCAUGAAAAGGCUAAUGAGGACAUUCAUGCUCUGCCGUUCCUUGCCCCAGGGUUCAACAACUACGCACACCUGGAAUUGAUUAGGGCUAUCCGCCAUGAUCUGACUCGCAACAUCGCCAACACUGAAGCAGCAUUUCGGGACGAAUUGGAGCAUACAGCUAGUGAGGCGCUGGGCCAUGCUGGUGACAGCUCAUGGCGAGAGGUCAAUCUCGCCGAAACCUUAGACACGAUUAUCUUUGGAGUGUGUUUGCGCAUCUUUUUCGGGCCCUCGCUCUGCAGAGAUGCCAAGUAUAUUCAUCUGGUCAAGACCUGGACUCGGGUCACUGGCGGCCUGAUGAUUGCCGUGUCUCAACUGGUUCCGUGGCUGCUUAAGCCGGUUGUCGGCCUCGUGGCUGGUCUCCCCAUCUACUACUACUGGUUGCGAAUGAUAGCUUUCCUCUACCCCACGUACAAGCAGCGGAUCGUAUACCUUCAAACAAGCAAACAAUGUCCCCCCGAGGACAUGGUCACUUGGAUGGUGGAUCUGGCCUUAAAAUGCAACCCAGGGAAAACCCCGAGCAUCAGUGCGCUUAUAGUCCGGCUGACUCUCGUCCUCGAAAGUGCUAUUCGCGAGAGUCUGCGCCUGAGUCCACUUUCCGACCGCAUGCUUUCUCGUCGGGUCGUUCAGAAGGGUGGGAUCAGGUUGCCGGACGGCCAGCUUCUUCGCCAUGGGACGUGGAUCGCUGUCGCGGCGACAGGCAUUCACCGGGACGAGUGCAACUAUGAGUCUCCGAAUGAAUACCGGCCAUUUAGAUUUUGUUCCACCGAGGAGAAAACGGGGAAACCCAAGGCGUCCACUCCGAUUCCCGCGACAAGCGAGAAGUUCCUGGCUUUUGGUCAUGGGCGGCAUUCUUGUCCUGGCCGUUGGUUUGCUUCUUAUGCAAUGAAGGUGAUGAUUGGGUAUAUAUUGGUCAACUAUGAGAUUGAGCCGUUGGACAAUCGCCCGUCCAAUUCAAUUGUUGGUCAGACAAUUGUUCCUCCACUAGAGGUCAAGAUUCGGGUGCGGCGGAAGACUGAAACCGAAUGCAAAUGA